AAUUGUCAUGUGAGGGGAACAUGUGUUCAGGACAUUGUAAGACUAUUGUAAGAAAAAUAGUGGAGCAAGUUAGAGUUGAGACAGAGCAAUGGUCACAAAUGCAGGAGAUGCUUGGUCAGGUGAGGGAAGAGAUGGAAGAACUGCAGGCUUCACGAGAUUUCUGGGAAGAUCGCGCCCUGCAUUCUGAUUCUCAAAUCCAAUCUCUACACAAUGCGGUGCAAGAGUGGAAACAAAGAGCUCUUUCGUCCGAAAGUAAGAAAAAUGAGCUUGAGGAGAAACUUUCCACGCUCAGUGGUGAUCUCGAGAGGUUUAGGAUCGAACAGAAUGCAGUUAAGGAGACUAAAUGUUUGGCGAUUCCCUUGGAUACGCAGAACGAGUUUGAGAAGCGAAUAGUAGUUUGCAGCAUGAAGGAAAAUAAUAGUAAUGUUGCAGAAAACAGAAAACACAGUAAGGUUUUAAGGAAUGGAGAGAGAAAAACACAUGAUGCUAGUGUUAGAGGUGGUUUACUCGCUCCAAAUCGAUCUCCCUUUCGCGACAUUGGGAACAACUCAUCAUUGUUGACGAGGCAGCAGAAUGGCAAAGCAGUUUUCCCUUUGCAUUGCCAUCUUUCUUCAAAUGCUGAGAAAACUUAUCGCCUGAAUGAAAACUGAUCAGUUCUAACACUAAAUUACAUGUUCUAACGUUAUCGGGUGAAGAAGGCACACAAUGAUUUAGGUGUUUCGUGUUUUAAAAUCGAUGGUUCGGGACCUGUCAUGUAAUAUGUACUAUGCUUAGGAUGUGUAUGGAUAACUCAAUUAAGAGAUUAUUGUUGAGUUCUUAUGAAUAAGUUUUAAUUCCUACAGGUCAUCUAGAGCUGCAUAC